AUGUCGAUCGAUAUAAAACGCGGUACUAAUAUAACACGAAAGUCUCUUGGAAGAGCCGCGACUUUUGGGUCUUUUUAUGAUGCUACAAGAGACACGUUUUGUGGGACUUCGUUUUUAAACGUAAAUUCUUUUAAAGACGUCAUAUCUCAAGUUGAUAUUCACCAUUCUGAGCUAUCAGCCGAGUACGAGGACUCUUUUAAAGAAAAGUUUGAAAAGUUAGGUGUAGAAGAUGAAUUAAGGUUAAGUUUGCUAACAGGAUUGGUUGAGUUGGUAAGUUCCGGAAAGUAUCUUUGUGACGUAAAGAAAACUUUCAAAAGCAUUAAAGGUACUCUGCUAUACAAAUUGACUUCGGUCUCUGAGCAUUUGAAUAUUUAUCGCGAUGAUGUUAAAGCAAGCAUUUCGAUUGACGGGCUACCACAUCCGGAAGCCACCCAUGUCGUAAUAGGCAUAAAAUGGGGAGCCACUAUCAUGGCGUCAUUCGAAUACAAAAAGACGAACGACGAGAAUAGGUCUCAUGUUGAAAGAAUAUUAAAAGAUCAAUUAUCACAAAUCAUUUCGAAAGGCCUAGAUGUAAAAGAUGGAGAACAUAACAUUAAUCUUUUUUCGAUAAAAAUCUUUGGAGAUAUUGUUUCCGAGAAUAAUGAAUUUCCCCAGUCAUUUGCUGAAGCAAAAAAGAUCAUAGCUGAACUUCCAUCACGUAUGAAACAAUAUAAUAAUGGAAAAGGAGUACCGGUUGAAUAUACGCUUAUUCCGUUAUCGGAACUGGCAAAUAUUCUCAAUUACAAAAUCGCUAUAAAUAAAAUGAUAAAAGUUAUAAAAGAAGAUACUAUUAUUAGAGCAGUACAAAUAUUUGAUAAUCUGUCAAAGUCAAAACAAAAGCUCAGGGAUUUAUGGCAGUGUGCAGACUCAAUUUCUGAUCAAAUUUCAAAUGAUGUUUAUGACGAAAUCGACAAAUAUGCGCAACAAGUUAAGAAAAAAGAGGCAAGUUAUAUGCAUGAGCUAAGAGAAUGUCUUAUUGAAGUACGUAGUGGCAUAACAGACAUUAGUAUACUUGAAAGCAAAAUAGAACAAUUAAGAAAUAGCAUAUCACCAAUUAUGGCAUUCGUCAAUAAACAUCAAUCAAUUUUUAUAAAACUUGAAUUGAUAUCAGUAUUAAAAGCCAAUAAAGUAGAGUAUAUUGAAAACAAUGGCACGAUUGAGGAUAUUCUAUAUAAAUAUCCAAAAGGUCAUAUAUAUAUUCUGCUUGACAACAAUGACAAUAUUAUUAAUAACGAGAUAUCACCAGUAUACACUAUGUUUCGAGACUUGCCAAUGCUCUAUAUGAUAAACAAAUAUUUUAUAGCAAAUCUUGAAAAAUGUUCACGAAUAAAAAAUCCCGGACGUACAGUAAUUCAUCAUUAUAUUGAUGAAAAGUUGGCCAGUGAUGAUUAUUAUAGUGCCAAAAAAAAUUUGUUUGAAUCGAAUCUCAUUAAAUUUGAUUCUAUGCCACGUCGUAAUUUCACAUGCUCUGGUGAGAAGAUACGAUUGUUUUUACCUUGUCCUCGAACCGAUUGCUCUGUUGAUUGUUAUUGGAAAUGUUACAGAUGUGAAUCUGAAGUAGAAUAUAGUUAUAAUCGAUACCUUUACUGUGGAUGUGGCGAAAGCAAUAUCACUGAUGCAAAAUUUAAAUGCAACAAUCCGUAUCAUAACGAAGGAUUUAUAUCAUAUGAAAAAACAGCAAUUUACCAAAUGCUGCCAGAAAAGCCACCAGAAGAAAUCAAUUUAUUGCUACUCGGUGAAACUGGUGUAGGAAAAUCUACAUUCAUAAAUGCGUUUGUCAAUUACCUUAGAUAUGAAACAUUCGAGGAAGCAAAAUCCGGAGAUUUGGUUGCAUUAAUUUCAUCCAAAUUCAGUAUAACAGACGAAGAUUAUAAUACAAAAGAAGUUCGAAUAGGCGAUGAUGAUUCGAAUGAACAAUUUGAUAUUGUAGGGGCAUCAGCAACUCAAGGAUGCAAAAGUCAUGUGUUUCAUAUCGAUGAAAACAAAAUUCUAAGGUUGAUCGAUACGCCAGGAAUCGGAGAUACUAGAGGAUUAGAUCAAGACAAACGUAACUUUGAUAAUAUUCUAAAAUGUCUCAGUUUUCAUAAGCAUUUAAAUGGAAUAUGUAUCCUCCUCAAGCCAAAUGAUUCGCGUACAACUAUUGUAUUUAGAUUUUGUAUUCAAGAGUUAUUAACACAUCUUCAUAAAAGCGCAAAGGACAAUAUCGUGUUUUGCUUCACUAAUGCUAGGGGAACAUUUUAUCGUCCGGGUGAUACUUUGCCGCCACUCAAGGAACAUUUAAAAAAACUUCAGGAUCGAUCUAAUGUCGAGAUCAAAAUUAAGCGUGAUACAAUGUACUGUUUUGAUAGCGAAUCAUUUAAAUUUCUGGCAGCACUUAAAGGUAAAAUUAAAUUUCCCAAAGAAGAGGAAGAAAGUUUUGCGGAGAGCUGGAAAAGAUCUGUGAAUGAAACAAUGAGACUUCUUGAAUAUAUAUCAAAAUGUCCACCACACAACAUCAAAGAGACAUUAUCAUUAAACGAAUCCAGAAAUAUCGUAAUAAUCCUUGCCAAACCACUUGCACAAACGACACAAAACAUCGAGACAAAUAUUAAAUUGAUCAAAGAACAUCAGACGGAAAUAAAAAACACUAACGAGACUAUGGAGCAACUCCAAAAAAAAUUACACAUUCCUCAAGCGGAUCUUGAACCAGAAGGAUUGCCAUUUCCGAGAACUGUAUGUACAAGUAACGGAUGUGUCAAAUCAAUACAAAUCGAACAACUAAAUAUCUAUAAAACAGACUACAUAACACAUUGCCAUUCACACUGCUAUCUAAGCGAUGUAACGACAGACUUAGUGAACAAUGUAGCUUUGAAAGAAUGUGUAACGAUAAAUUCAAGUGGCUAUUGCAAUCAUUGUGGGUGCCAUUGGAGCAAACAUAUGCAUAUUAGAUAUGAGAAUAAAACAGUAAUGAAAAAUUUCCUUGAUCCAAAAAUAAACAAGCAAAUAUAUGAAAAUAAAACCGAUCAAGAAAGAAAACAAGCGAUGUUAGAACAAUGUGAAGCAAGACGUCAACAGCUAGAAAAAGAAAAGGAGAAAAUAGAAGAAAUUAAUCUAAAAUUUGCUCGAUUUUUGCGAGAAAAUGCAAUAACUCCUUUUAAUGAUGCAUAUGUUGAUUAUUUGGAGCUUUUUAUAGCUGAAGAAAAACGUUUAAAAAACGAAAAUCCUUAUUACAAUAAUGAAUUACUAGAACGACUUGAGCAAACUAGGAAUAUCUACUUGAAAAAUAUAGAAGUCAUACAAAAGUCGAUUCAAACGAAAAACCCUUCUUUACCUUCGCUCCUGCCAGAAGAUAUUGCUCAACUCGAACAACAAUUAUACAAUUUACCAAUUAACGGAGAAACUCUGAGAAAAAUAAAACAAGAAGCAGAACGUGGUAAAAAUAACGCAUUUAAAUAUCACGAAAAUCACAUUAGAGCAACAAGAAAGUCGAAUCAAGUAUAUCAUUCUCUUCAACAAGUCUUUUCAAAAAUGAAUGAAUGUCGUCAACAAGUCUUUUCAAAAGUGAAUGAAUUUGUUGUGAAAAAUUUUUAA